AUGCAAGCCCAGAAACAAGUGGAGCAGCGCAGGAGAGGGGGACCAGACAACAGGCCAGGAGGAAAGCCACGCUCGAGACUCCCAGCCCUAAGGUCAGACCGCAUCCAGGCCCCGGGGUCCCAGCUGACACCCCGAGAGCUGCAGCGUCCCACUGGUUCUGUGCCCACCAUGGCCAGUGCUGGGGUCCCACGGCAGCCAGCUCCACCCUGGCCCCAGCCCAGCCCCGUGGCCGCCACCACAGGCCUGCGUGGCCUCUCCGAGGGAGACCUGGAAUGCCUGGUGUGCCGGGAGCCCUACGGCAGUGCCCGGCCGCCCAAGCUGCUGAGCUGCCAGCACGCCUUCUGUGCCGUCUGCCUGAAGCUCCUGCUGUGCGUGCAGAGCGACACCUGGUCCAUCAGCUGCCCGCUGUGCCGCAAGGCCACCGCUGUCCCCGGGGGUCUCAUCUGCAGCCUGCGUGACCAGGAGGCUGUGGUGGGGUGGCUGACCUGGUCACACCCAGAGGUGCGACUCUGUCCCCAGGGGCUGGGGGACCCCGCCACCCAGGCAGCAGGGCACCCCGGCGUGGCGGGAGAGGAUGGGCAGGACCCAGCGAGCGCCAACCGCAUGGCGGCACGGGGCCUGGCAGCCCACCUGCUCCUCCUGGUCUUGCUCAUCAUGCUCAUCCUGCCCUUCAUCUACCCGGGUGCCGUGCGGUGGGUGCUCACCCUCAUCAUCGCCCUGGCCUUGCUGAUGUCCAGCCUCUUCUGCUACCACUCCAGCUGCCAGGGCAGCUGCUGGCCUGCCCCCAGGACUGUCCUCUGCAGGGAGCAGAAGCACAGCGAGGUGUCGUCCAUUGCCUGA